AUUUUUCCGGUCGGACCGGCGGUCCAGUCCUGUUCUUAAACUAUGUUGUCAAGUUGCGUUAUGUGCAAUUUGUCACAAAUAUGCGGUGUGCUUUUUUUUUUUUGCUAAUGAUGCAUGCAUUAUGGUGGUUUUAUGGAUUUCACUCGGAAUUUUUGGAAGGAGCGUAACCGGUGCAUCUUCCCAACAUGUUUACAUGCAGCCGUGAGAAGUGGCCCUCCUAGAGCAUGUCAUCCUAGGUCGUUGCGGUUUGGCUAUGUCUAUUUUUUGUUCAUUGUUUUUUAUAUAGAUGACCAUUCAUGCCAAAUGGUUGGCUAUGUCUAUUUAGGAUGAGUGUUUUUUUUUGGCUCAAGAGAUGUUUGAGUAGUAGCUAUUGCAUUUUGGAGUAGUUUGUUUUCUUGCUUAUGUGCAAGCUGAGGUUGUUGAAUUAUUUCUUUGAAAAUCCCAUUCUGACAUAAAAAAUCUCGUUCUCCCUUUCAUGAAGUGCAAGCUCUCGCGUGUCCAAUGUGUAUCGUAGUUUUUGGUGUAACAUCCCUAAGACGGCUCACGUGAUUAUUAAACAACAGUUACACAUUGGACUCACCAACAACUACCAUACACUUGACUCUGUUAUCUAGUAGUAUUAAUGUAUUAUCGUAGUACCUGACGAUUAAUCCGCUUGGAUCCUGUAAUUUCCUUGGUACGAUCUCUCUGCCAAGAGCGACCUGCUCUGUUCUGCCCUCGGUUAUUACCGCUGUAACACCAGCGACACCACGUAAUCCAAACGAACUCUUCUCUACAAUUCAGUUGUCUUCUAACGCAGCCAUUUUUGUUCUGUAUCGAGAACACCGAGCGAGUAUCCUACUCAGCAAAACUCAUCUAUCUACACAAAACGAUUAUUUUGGGGUCUCUUACCCGACAGGUUAGGAGCCACACAAAUGCCGCCAUGCACACGUGUGACUAAUUAAGUACGGCGCAUCCCGUGCUUGGACUGCAGCUGGUUCUCGUGCAUGCGCCUAUAUAAACUCCUCGAAGCAGCUUGAUCAGAACCAAGUACGCACGCCAAGUCAAGUGCAAAGCUAGGCUAGCAAAUGCUACUAGUACUUACCAGGCAGGAGGUUUAGCGAUGGCAAACGCCAAGCUUGUAGUCAUGGCCAUCCUUGUAAUCCUGCUGCAGGUGUCGACGUGCGCCGUGGCCCGGCACCACGCCAAGCCGGACCCGUGCGCCAGCGAGGACGACUCCGUGCCGGGCAUGCUGCACAAGCACAAGCACAAGAAGCCCCACUGCCCCUCGCCGGGCGGCACCGGUGGUGGCGGCGGCCGCGGCGGCACCCCAGGCGUGAUGACGGUGAACGGCUUCGAGAAGGGCCAGGAGGGCGGCCCGCCGUCGGAGUGCGACGGCAAGUUCCACAGCAACAAGGACAUGAUCGUGGCGCUGUCGACGAGGUGGUACGCGGGCGGACGCCGGUGCGGCAAGAUGAUCAACAUCACCAGCAAGCAUAACGGGCGCACCGUGCAGGCCAAGGUGGUGGACGAGUGCGACUCCAACCACGGCUGCAAGACCAAUAUCGUGGACACCUCCGAAGCCGUGUGGAAGGCGCUCGGGCUCGACAGCAACAUCGGCGAGGUGCCCGUCACAUGGUCCGACGCCUGAGACCAUGUAUUCCCCGGCCAUGGAUUCCAGGUUGCUCGAAGCCAGUUGCGUGGGAAAGUUCUCUAGCUGUUUCCUGGCCCUGGGUACGUACGUAUGUAUACGCUUGAAGUGUGAGUGUCGUUGUCAAUCUCGAUGGGUAGGUAGCUUGUCGAGUAGUUACUUCGUAUAAUAACAGAAUAAAACAGCCUGCAAAAAACAAAUAACAGAAUAAAACUACCUCUGUGGAUGGUAGUGCGUUUAUCUUCUACUCCUACUAAUAUCCACGCGUGUGUACGUGUCGGUUUGAGUCUCAGUUUACUAUCGCUGUUUCCUGUUGUGGAAUAUAUAUCAUAAUCAUAUACUCCGUAUGUUGUAAUUGUACUACGUUUACUACUUGUAUAUAUAAUACUCCUAU